GUGACAGCAUAUCACUUUACGACAACACAGGCCUUCCGGUUGUAUUUAGCGGAACGCUUUUUUUUUUAAUAACGCUACACGUUAUCAUUUAAGUUGCUUGCGAGGCCAGUAUCUGUUCAAAUAUACAAUGGGGAUUGAGGACGAAGCGGACCGGACGCUCUUCAUUAGAAAUUUAGAUUCAAGAGUGACGGAGGAGCUUUUGUUCGAGCUGUUUAUACAGGCAGGACCUCUGACCAAAACUAAGAUUCCAAAAGAUGCGGAUGGGAAACAGAAAACAUUUGGUUUUGCCGUCUACAAACAUGAAGUGUCUGUGCCAUAUGCCAUGCAGCUCCUGGACGGGACAUCGGUGCACGGGAGAACCCUUCACGUGCAGUUCAGAUCAGGGAGCAGUCAUGGCAACAGUCCAGGGAACUCACAGAAUACAAGUCCGGCAAAUACCCCAAAUCCGCACGGACAGAGACGCACCAAAGUUCUCUCAGAGCCGUGGCUCAAUGACUGUACUCGUGCUCUCAGAUGCGCUUGCAGGCGUGCAGAGAGAAAAUGAAAAAAGAAUAAACUCCAUGUCU